CUCACCCGAACAUGUCUGGCGCAAUCGCCUGCCAUAGCAGACGAUUUUUACCCGUGUAGCUGUCACUGAGUGUCAUGUGGGUGGCGUUACAGUUGUGUUGAGAUAUCACACCCUGGAUGAUUAAGACAUGUCUGAGUCUGAGGCCCAAAAUGAUGUGAUCAGCUGCCAACAACUACUAGUUCAGCAUGGCUGAUCCAAAGAAAGACCUGAAGCCUUCAUUUGGCCGUGAUAUGGUGAAGCCUGGAAUUGGUGCUUCUGACGUCACAGAUCCUGAUGGACACAAGCGUAACCAAACCCCUGCUGCCUUCGGAUCACCACCCACCCAAAUACCAGGACACGGCCGAAGCAUUGAAGAUGAUUCCCUAUUCAUUCCUGGUGAUCCGAAAAAGCAGUUCAUUCCACCAACUGCUUUAGGUUAUCUUGGAAAGGUUUCGUCGAAACUUGCUCGUUACUAUUGCAAGUACUGUGGGAAAUUGUUCAACAAGAACUGCGAUCUUGCCAGACACAAGCGUAUUCAUACUGGAGAAAGACCUUACUCGUGUCAGCUUUGCGUGAUGGCAUUUGCACGCAAGGACGUUAUGCAUCUUCACAUGCGCAAACAUCACAUGAUUGACAUGACUGGUCACGAAAAAUACACAUGUUUGAAGUGCCAGGCUAGUUUUUAUGGAACUGAUGAUUUGAAGUCCCACAUGUUGAGCCACCAAGAGAGUGGAGAAGACCCACCGAGUGGUUCUGAUCCUCCAGGAAGGGGUGGAGCCAGAAAAGGAAAGAAAACGAGAGGUCAACCUAAAGGGAGCGGCACGUCGAAAUUUGCACCAUUUGAUACUGAUAGGAGUCAAGAGGUAGAAAGACCAAAUGUUAAAGUGUGCAAAACGAGUACCAGAGCGCUUGACAGUGAAAAGGCUGUGGCGACACACGGUGGAAGUAGACCAGCAGAACCUUCAGACCAAUUGCCUAGGGGACAAGCAAAGGAGCCGAAACCGUCGUCAUCAUCCCGCUAUCGUGUGUACAGAUGUAAAUACUGCCAGAAACAAUUCCAUAAGUAUUGCACCCUCCUUCGCCAUCAACGCAUAUCGCAUAAAGAGAGGGGUACGAUCGGCCCAGACUUAUCUAAGUCGCCAUGUUCAGAAUCGGCUGAGGAAGACGUGGCCGACAUUGCUGACACUGCAACUGCUGAUGCUGCGGACUGCGAGGAAGAGUUGGAAUCUUCCACAGAAGAGGUCAAACCAAAAGAAGCCGCGGAUGCCGAAUUAGACAACACUGCUGUUCAUUUAGAUUCUAUUGAUUUUGCUGAACAUCCACGUCCAUCUUCGUCUGUGUCUUCUCAAAGUAUCGAUUGGUAUGCACAUUCACCGUCCUUAGUUAACCGUACACUACUUCCGCAAGAGCAGAACUUGCUAACUUCUAAUUCUUUUCCAUGUGAUUGCAACUUUUGUCGUAGUUGUGAGGCUAAUCCUUAUCUUGUUAAUGGCCCCAUCGCUACCCAACAUUUAUGCAGUCCUAGGACCCCUGAUUUAUGCAGUCCAGUUAGUAAUAGAUUUCAUCAUAUGCAUGACUUUUGCGGGCGAGCGGCAAAUUUUAUUAGCAGCUCUCGUUUGGCCCAGAUUUAUGAUUCCAAUGCUUGUGUGGUCAGAAAUCCACUAGUCAGUCCUUGCCGAACAUUUCAAAAUGUUUAUAUGCAUCAUUCAGGUGUGUCUAAUGCUUGCGUGAACUUCAACCAAUGUCAUAAUGGUCACGUUUAUUGCUCAAAUGAAGUUUGCUGCCAUGGACCAUUAGCAAAGUACCCGAAAUACGAAGUUAUACCUUCUGCCACUAUCGUACAAAAUCCUUUGUGUAAUAAUGUACUUUCUCGUGGGACGUUUCCUGAGGAUGUUUCAUUAGGCAGGGAGCCUGUCUGUUCAAGCAGAGGAUGUAGGUGCACGACCCAGGUCCCUGUCAAACAAGAGAUCGUUGAAGACCCUGGUGUUCUUUCACCACAUCAUAGGAGGUCAGGUUUGGUCGGAGGAACACCCAAUAUGACUAGUCCAGUAAUUGUGAUUAAAGAGGAGCCGACUGUAGGAAGUGAUUGUAAGCAACAUGGACCCUUGGAAAACCAUUGGACUGAUACACGCAAUCGUGCAAGAAGGAAUCCUGCAACACCUUGUCUUGGGUACGUUGCUGCUGAAAACAGACAUGGUGAUUUUGGUCAUGUUUAUAAUGGUGUCCAUGUGGCGGCAAUGAGACCAAACUCGAGUAGGGAUGUCUACACUCGUAAGCCGAUGGAACGGGACGUUGAAGUUCAUAAUAUUUAUCCAUCCCCUGUGCCAAGUCCAAAAGAGGAGCAAAUUCGUCAUAAUAACUAUGCAACACCGUCUAUAAGAAGGAGCGCUUUCACUGCAUAUAACCGUGAUAGAACCUCUACUGCUGAUAAUAACUUUUCUCCAGGAGCUGACGAAUUUCAGUGUGAUCGUAGGAUUCCUCCGACAACAUCAGUGCGUGGUGUCCAACCUCUUGGCAAACUGUUCAGUUCAGGAGAUAAUGGGGCUGAAAGUGUCCAAGGCACAUCCUACCAAAACGCGGCACCAAGGUACGAAAUGUCUCCUGAAGACAUGGAUGAGUUUGUAGCCUCUUCAAUCACUACUGUCGUGAAAGACAACAAUCAAAAAGUCUAUCAAUGUAACAUUUGUAAGAAAUGUCUCUCCCAGAAAGGUGACCUAAAGCGUCAUUUAAAGAUCCACCUCGGUCAGAAAGAUUUCAUUUGUCUUUUCUGCUCGCGUGGAUUCAUCAAGAACAGCGACCUUCAGCGGCACAUCCGGACACGUCACACACGUGAGAAACCAUAUGAAUGUUCGCAGUGUCUGAGAAAGUACGCUCGCACGGACCAGCUUCUUGAUCACAUGCGCAUGCAUCUUGGUGAUAAAAGGUUUGAAUGUGAAAUGUGCCAUGAAAAGUUCCUUCGGCGUUACGAGUUACAGAAACACGUGCGAGAACAUUACCAGUCAAACAAGAAAGUUGAUGCAAAGUUUAAAACAGAGUCGCCAGAUAUUGGAGAUGACGAAGUGGAGCUUGAUGUUGUCAAGAUUGAAGUGGACUAUUCGAGCGAUGACGAUGAUGCCGUACCCGACAGGGAGGUGGACCAUGACAGUUUCACUAUGGUUACAUCUGACAACGUCAAGGAGUGUGAGCUUGCAGUGACUCCUGAGAUAGUAAAUGUUGUGGAUGAAUUGGAGAACGCCGGAGUAGAAUCCUAUCCCAGCUGGUCUAGUCCCUGCCCUGAGAAAGGCUGUACACUGUCUCCUGUCGACUUUCACAAACAAGGUAACUUAGAUUGUUAUCCUCCGCCAGCCAAGAUUAAUUGUCAUGAUCAUUCUUGCCCCUCUCCAAAGACUGAUUGCCCUGCUCAGUCUGGUCCCGCUGAUAAAACCGAUUACCUAGUUCAGUCCAGUCCUAAUGUCAAGACUGAUUCUCCUGUUCAGUCCAGUCCUCUUAUCAAAGCUGAUAAUCCUAUUAGGUCAAAGUAUGUUUUCAAGUGCGAUAGUCCUGUUAAGUCCGAUCCUGUUGUCAAAGCUGAUACCGGUACUUCUGAUCGUUGUUACCCAACUGUCGAGACGGGUUACUCUGAUCAGCCACUACCUGUUGUCAAGACUGAUUACCCCGAACAGCUAUCUCCCGUUAUCAAGGCUGAUUACCUUGUUCGACCCUCUAUUGUAAAUGGUGAUUACCCUGAUCAGUCCUCUCCUGUUCCCAAAGCUAAAUGCCCAUGUCCAGUGUCUUUAGUCAAGACUUAUAAGUCUGAUCACGAUUGCCCAACUGUCAUGACCGAUUACCCCCGGCAGUCCUCUAUUGUUGUGAAGACUCCUGAUAACGGUUACUCCACUGCAAAGAUGGAUUACCCAGGUCAACCCUCUUCGGUUGUCAAGACUGAUUACCCCAAGCCACCCUCUCCUGUAGUCCAGACCGAUGACCAGUAUCGGUCUUCCCCUGGUCUCAAAACUGAUUACCCUGCUUCACCAUGCCCUGUAAAAACUGAUAAUGUAAUGGUGUUGCCAGAAACUUUGGCCCGCUUGGAUAGCGUGGGGGCUGACAAUAUCAAAUCUGAUGCAAAGUUGCCUCAAGUCAAUGAAUGGACUGAUAAACAAGGAGGCAAAGAGCUAAUCAAGGAAGAAGGAUCAAUAAAGAGAAAUAAAAAAAGUCCAGCUGUGAGGAAGCCACGUCGAUCUGGGCAAAAUGUCUGUCAGACUUGUUUUCGUACAUUCAGCCAGCGAGGAGACUUGAAACGACACAUGAAAAUUCACACAGGACAACGUGAUUUUGUGUGCACUUAUUGUCCGAAAGCUUUCAUCAAACGCAGUGACCUCAAACGCCAUCUGUUGGUGCACACCCAGGAGAAACCAUACUCUUGUGAAUUCUGUGACACAAGGUAUUCACGCAAGGACCAGCUACAAACGCACAUUAACAGACGCUGUAGCAAAAAGAAAGGGUCAGAACCAAAGCAAACACCAAAUUCAACGAGUCGAAAACCCUCGAACUCUUCAACCACUGAAAAUGCACCUGGUGGAAAUGGACUUAUGAGUUCAACUGCUUUGAAAACCUCUUUGAAAGAAAUGUGUCCUUCUGGUAAUUCACAGAAUGUUAGUAUGGAAAAAACUCCCAUCGAAGUUUCCUCCAUCAAAAGUAAAUCUCUAUCUCCAGUUUCGGUUUCCAAUGAAAAUCCUGGGCAAGCUCGGUGUCAAUCCUAUCAAAAGUGUAUUGAAUUUGGGCGGAGAAUUGUGGAUAAUGAAUGUGGAGACAAAUUAGGACCUUGUACUUCCAUGCCAAAUACAAGUUCUGAACAUUCUAAUUAUGUAAGUGAGAAAACUAAAUUUACUUCCAAGAGGGACCAUGGUAAUGCCUCGGACUUCAGAGUUGUCCAACCAGAUGUUGUGGGCGAAUUCAGUAAAAGACCAAGUACUGCGGACUCGAAGCAAGUGGGGGAUACUGUUGUGAGGAACUUGCACCAAUUUCCAUGUAAGCACUGUGAAAAAAGGUUCCUCACAAAAACCAAGCUUCAGAUUCAUCUGAUGACACAUGCACAUAUCAUAGACACAGAAGCACCACAGGAAAGGUACCAGUGUACAGAAUGUAGUUUGUCUUUUACUGACGGAGAUCUCUUGGAUAAUCAUACUGUUGUUGUCCAUAAGGUGAUGAAGCCAUAUGUUUGUGGAUACUGUUCAGAGACCUUCGUGAACGGUGGGGAACUUGAAGUGCACAUUACUGAGCAUAGAUCUGGUCUCUCGUAGUGUAGUUAACUCUCAACGCCUUGGGUGCCCAUUGCAGACAGAUUUAUGUCUAUUUUGACCAACCGUUUGGUGCCCAAUGACAUAGAUAUAUGUCGUCGGAUGGGGGGUUCAAAGACUGUGGUGACCUUCUCUUUGAAAUGAUCAAAACAACACGAACUCCAUCCGAUGGGCUGCUCCUGAACCAAAGCAAUUCUGCUGCCUGCACUCUCUGUUGUAGUGAUUUGGGUCAUAGAUAUUCUUAAAAUUGGUGCUUGAGUCUGUCAUUAAGAAAAUGCUUUUCCGGUAUUAAUUGAAUGAAGCCAAAGAUUUUUGUUGUGUUUGUCAUGAAUAGAAUUAUAUUUCUUCAGAUAUUUUAAUGAACUGAUCUGUCUAUGUAACAUAAGACUUUGUUUGAAUGGGAGAAGUGUGUCUCAUGCAAAAGGGAAUCUGGAGGGAGGGAGGGGGGCAUAUCAAGCGGACAAGCAUGUAUCAAAGCCCCAGCGGCCAAAUCAAAGCAGUCCACCACCAACCAGCCAACCACCAACAGCACUAGAAUAAGGGGCUAGCCUCAGGAAAUGCCCUGACGGGGGUUUUGUGCAUGCAUGUCAGCUUUAAUCAGUGAUUGAGAGACUGCAUCUAGGGGUGUUGGUUCACUUCUUUUAUACCGUCUCAAAAGCCCAAGGCUGCAGGGUGGGACAUCCUGCUACUGUUCGGAAUAGCAUUUCAGAAUUUUUUGUCUAUGCAAUAAGUUCAAAUUGUAAAAAAAUUUUGUUGUUUAUAAAAAGUUAUUGUACUGACCAAAGUUUUUGUUAUAGGAUCACAUAAAAAAUUAUAUCAUUUUAAGCGCCUUGCAAAUGAACGCUUUAAAUCCCAUCAACCUCCGAUUUAAAUUGCAACAGUGAUUGCUUGUUUGCGAAGGUCAACUUUGAGAAGUUGCAGAUUACAUGGGAAAUCAGGUUUCAACAGUGCUGUUGUGUUGACUGAUAUAGAAGCCAAGUCUUCAUUGGAGUCUUCAUAGUUUACGAUGGUGGGAUGUGUCCCGACAUAUUUACUCUCUUAAUGUGAUGUGCUGAGUAAUGAUGUAUAAUUACUCUUUGAAUGUACUAGAACUUUUUAAUUUUUCAUGCAGGAUGAUUGAUUUGUUGAAAUA